CGGUCACAUGACCACGACAGCCAAUGAGGAGCGGGUACGGCCGACGCUGACGUUACCCAGCCCGGGCCUGCUGCUUCAGGCUUCACCCGCUUUCCGGACACAGUGAGGGGGGGGGCCUCACCGGCCGUCCGAUCGUGCUGCGUGAUAAAACCACAGGAUGAGUUCCUCGAGCGAUGAAGGCAGCCGGACACCUACGCCACAAGAUGCAAGUGGCCCCAGGAAGGAUGGCAACCCUCUACAAAGGAACAUAAAGCAAGAAUCCGACUGCCUAGUUCGAUUUGCGGUGUCAGGUGCUGAGAAUCAUUACCAGGAGUGUCAGAUGAUGAACACUCGAAGCAAGAAGAUGGGUGACUGUAACCCAUGGGGAGAAAGCAAACUGCAACCGGGCAGCUAUAGCAACGAGUUUAGUCCGAAGAAUGGGAAAAUCCUCAGGAACAAAUAUGCAAACAAGAAGUGUGGGAUACAAAACUUCCAGAGAAAAGAGUUCACUUUCAGUGUGUGUGGGGACCCAGAUAACAUCCAGUAUGCCUUUGCUGCGGAUCCAAGUGACACCUUGCUCUUUGCGUUGAAUACGUCCUGUGACUUUGAAGAGAAGGUGAAAAGUGACAACACAAUCCUUGCCUAUGGAGAGGGCCCGCUGAAAGGGUUAGUGAACCUCGAUAUCCUCUGCUGCUACUUACCCCAGCACUCCCACUUUCGCCUGCUGUUCCUGCGGAGCCAGAAUCGCGACAGUGGCGAGCGGCCACACCCUCCGGAGUACCCACGUAACAAGAGCCACGUUCUCUUCUACGUUGAGCCAAGCGGCAGGAUGGCAGGCAACACCACCCAGAGGAUCGUCCUGGCGGACCGGAUAGCCCAGGGGCAGACCAAGCUGUGCAUCCUGGGCUUCGAGGGCGAGACCAUUCGGGAAACAUUGGUCAACGACGGCCGCUUCGACUCCAAGAUCGAGGACGACACCCACAAACUGCUGGAGAAGGUGGACCCGCCGCGGAAGAUCCAGUUCAACAACACAGUGGACACGCUGCAUGGCCGGAGCUUUCAAAUCGAGAUGAGUGGCCCCAGGAAGAAGGCCAUCGACGAUGGCAGGAGCCCAAAGCUGAGAGCAAGUAAAUCCGCGGAGUUAGCAGCGCAGAUGACCAAGAAGGACCUGGACGGGAAGGUGUAUGAGGCUGGCCGCAACCUGCUUCCAAAGUGGCACCUGGAGAGCCGUCGUGCCUCCCUGUUGAAAUUCAAGCAGUCGGUUUCCAGGAAUGCCGACCUGGCUAAAGUGUCAGAAAGGCAGUACCUGAACCGGCUCCACCAAGAGGCCCUGUCGUCGGUGCCGGCCAGGGCUUUCCGCUGCAUCUCUGACCACCUCUCCAGCGUGGGCUGCAUCGCCUGGAAAUCUUCCACUGCACAGGGCAGCGGCACCUGCUUCGUCCUGAAGGACAGGUAUGUGGUCACCUGCUACCACGUGGUGGAGAUGAUGACGGAGAAUGCCGUCGGGUUCGGCAGCUGGCCCUCUCUAAUCCGCGACUGCGCCGAGGUCUUCUUCGGCUACGAGCAGGAGGGCCAGAGAGGUGAGCCGUUGAAGCUGGUGGCCUGGCUGGAGAUUUAUGACCAAAUGCUCGACUACGCUGUCCUGGAGCUGGAGAGCUUCCCCGGAGCCCCGGGGCUGAUCGAGUGCUGUGCCACCCCACCGAAAGCCGGCAUCCUUUACAUCACCGGCCACCCCGAAGGAGACAAGAAGAAAAUCUGCCCUUGCUCGGUCGUGACCGGUGAUCAGAGGGCAGCUGGCUGUGCACCACAGCCUGUGGAAAUCUUAAGAUCGGAGAUCACCAGAGAAGAUACUGAAGAUUAUACGCAUGAUACGGUCUUGAUUGCGAGUCAAGCUUUCAAUAGACUCAAAUACUCCAAUGUAAUCACAUACAAAACUGAAUUCCACUACGGUGCUGCUGGAUCGCCGAUAUUUAACUCUGAGGGAUCCCUAGUUGCGUUGCACUGUGGCGGUGAGACAUACAAGAAAAAUAAAGACCCGGAAAAGUUUUACAUUGAACUUGGAAGACCCAUUCUGCUUAUUCUCCACGAUAUAAUUAGCAAGAACGACAGUGCCACGACGGAAAAGACAAAGCAAAUCAUCGUCGCGCUACAAAACUCUUUGAAGUGAAACGUACACAGCCAGAGAACAGAUCAGGGACACGACGCUAAGAUUCAGGAAAGAAAGUGGGAAGGUAUGUAUACUGGCCAAGAAAGCUGUCAGAUGAAUGGAAAAGGUACAAUUGAAUCUCGCUUUUGAAGGGGCCCACCUGAAGAAUUAACCCAUUGACCACACAGUUUGCUCGAAUGCAGAGAUUUGGCCAGCAGCCACUAACUUGCAUGUAUUUUUUAGGGGUGCUGUUGUCUGGCAAUGGAGAAAUAUACAACAACUUGUUCAGUGAGGUGACAGCGUAAAUUUACCCGAGGCUAGAGACUGGAAACAGUGCAGAGUUCCAUGUUAGGGGGAAUGUAUAAAGGGUGAUUUAUUUUUAUUUUUUUGUAAGGCUUUGCUCCAAGUGCGGGAGCCUCACUAUUUCAAAUAUUAGGUUGGAAUUAGGGAAGCAUUCAACAGGGAAUCAUCGAGGAGGAUGUCUUUUGACUAGUCUAACGACAUCUUUCUUACUUUACCCGAAAUCAGUGUGGAGCGGUCUCUACAAAUCUGUAAUCCUUGUUUCUGUAACAACAUUCCCCACCCUCCCAUCCUCAGCCAAAUGGCACUUGUGAGAGUCCAGAUGGUGAAUGUAUUUGAGGGCACCAGUGAUCACAGCCAAGCCCCAUUCUUUUCCUUGUGAGUUUUCUGACACUGGCAAUUGGGAACGAGGAUCCUGGCUUCAUUUACUCUCUCCCCAGCUCUGGUGCUUAGGCUGAUUUUAGCCCGAUGCUUCUACUCAGGUCAGAGACCGAGGGAUUCGAGCUGCAACCUUUGGUCCAUGUAGCAUGUUAAGCUGUUGCCUCUUGGAGAACUGAGAUUGUUUUUUUGCCCCAAUAAAAUAAAGAAAAAUUACUUCAAUUUAAAUGGAAUUUGGCCAGUUCUGGACCAAGUGCGAGAUUUUGUUUGUGUUGCAUUUUCAGAUUUUUGAUUGGAAGAUUUCUUCGUAUAUGCCAUUGCGUCCAAUUUCAAAAGCCCAAACUGACUGGUUUGCACGUAAUUUCAAAACUCUUUUCAUUGUCAAAUUUAAAGAAGAUUUUGUAAUCUCUCCACCUGACGACAAUGCCCUUUUAAGGAUUCUUUCAUGGUGCAUUGAAAGGACAAUAGUAUCAGAUCAGCAGUAGUUUUAAAACUUUCUGUUCCAACUGCUCGUUGGAAAUAUCAUUUGCAUUCUUGGGGUCCCCUACCCCACCCAGACUUCCAAAAGACAGUGUUAACUGUGGCAAGGAAAUCAGUGCUGCUGUGGCAGAUUAGCAUAUACAGAAACAGCUUGGCUAGUAAUUCAGCAAAUACAGGGGAAAAAAAAUGACCAUAUUAGGUAAAUGCAUUUUCUUGCACAUCACCUAAUUUUCCUUUGGGGACCUCUUUAAAAAAAAAAUCCCAGUUUGCACACCCGAGUUCUAAGGUAGCUUUGAAAAUGGUCACAGGGCCCUUUUUAUUUCCUUUCACUUGCCUCCCCCUUUGAUAAGGUCUUGUGUCCACUGUAUCUGUUGCAACAAAACAUUUUCAAUUAGGCUUGUGCAGAAAAAGGAGGACUUAAAUACAAAAAGGUGCCAAAUUAUAAUGUCAUUGUAUUACAGCCCACAGUAUUUUGCUUUCAUCUUGUGCAUUUGCACCAUGUGCUGCCAAACUCUUCAAUGGGACGGAGGUCCCUCUUUCACUCUCGUAGAUAUGCGAGGAAGAUUUUCCAUUUAUGAUUUAUCAAAUGUUAAUGGAAGAAACAAUGUACACCAUUUUUCAAAAGAUUUGAACUCUAGUAUAACUAUUUCAUUGCCCGCUUAUGGCCUACAACCUUAUCCCACCCAGUUUAUAUAUUAGUCCUAAAGCAACUGAACUGGUUUUGUUUAAAUGAAAGGCGACUGCUCAUUCUCAACUUGUCCAUUGUUUGUGCGUCAGUCAGGACUGGAAGGUCAGUGAGCGAUAUGACCAUGAAGGGGUAUCACAGCCUGAUGGUAGAGUUUUCCAACGCCCCCAUGCAUUCGUCUGCUCACAGCUAUUGAUGGAAAGCAAUUAGGAGUGUGAAACUACUCCCCCUCUUCUCCCCACCCCAACCCCUUCCCACCCCAACCACCACCUCAGCUACAGGCGAUGUGGCAACUCCACUGCAGGUCUUUGCUUUGCUCGACUAAAUGAGCAUGUGUAAGCAGUCACAGUCUGGGCCUUUUCUGACUUGUACCACAUUGGUUGGUAUGUUUAUCAAUAGUGCAUUGUUUUAUUUUGGAGUGCUUCUGCAUGUAAGAAGCAAAAAUCAAAAAAAAAGCUGCUUGUUUCUGCAUAUCAAAACUCAUUGAGUUAGCACUCACUGAUGCAAUACUAACACAAGAGUGGUAGAGUAUUUACUAAAUCUCCUGGCCGACUUUCGUGAGUGGAUGUUAUUCAUCUGUAUGCUUUUAUCACUGCAGACAGGCUAUCUAACUGUGGGCAUCACAGCGAGCCCUAACCUGUCCUUGUGUGGCUUCUACACAAGCCUGUUUUCAGGGGGCAAUGGGCUGCUGUAUGUUGGCCAUUGGUUGGUUUAAAUUUAUUUCCCCUUCCUAGGGGCACUGUGACCAGUUGUAGCAUUCCCAUCAUUGCUGCGGUAACUCCACACAGCUGGUGGAACCGAGUCUCUGGCUCAGAGAAUAAGGCCUUUAUUUCUGGGCCAAGUGGCUGACAUGGGGGAGAAAAAUGCAGAUAAAUAUCGAAGAUUAUAUGUAUGAAAUGGCAAAAGUUCCAUAUUUUCUUUAUGUAAAAGCAGAAAAAACCCCACCAACACUUGAUAAACAUCUGGUUCAUAGCUUGAAUGGUACUUGUGUUUUUGUUGAACUGGGAUUUUUUUUUUUAAGAGCUAGUAUUUGAAUUUGUAACAAGGAUUCAUGGUUAUUCUAUAACUCUGCUCUCAUGUAUACACAGUUUGGUCACAAUAAAAAUAUUUCCUGGUUAAA